GUUUUUAUUUAUUGCAUUAUAGUCAGUCGUCGAGUAGGCUGCCACACAACAGAGCGAGGUUCAGUUAUUCAACGGUGGUUUUUCAUAGAAAAGCCGCGUGUUAAGGUUAUUUUCAUCGAUUUUCAGCCCUUCUAAUAGGACACUUCCAGAAGCAACUCUAUGGGGACCCAGGACAGGCAUUUUUUAGGGGUGGACUUGAGCACACAACAGCUCAAGGCAGCUAUAGUAAACGACAAUCUCGAAGUUCUACAUGAAGCCUCUGUGCUUUUCGACACCGAUCUUCCAGAAUUUCGUUCCCAGGGUGGCGCUAUUGUGGACAAAUAUGAUUCCCAGAACAUCACAGCUCCUGUAAUGAUGUGGGUGAAAGCAUUCGACAUUUUAAUGGAUAGAAUGAUUGUGACUGGAGCGGAUUUUUCAAAAAUCGCUGCAGUUAGUGGUACUGCACAGCAACAUGGUUCAGUAUAUUGGCAGAGAGGCUCUGAAGAAACUUUAAAAAAACUGGAUCCAAGUCAAUUUUUACAUGAACAGUUAGCACACAGCUUUUCUGUCACAAACAGCCCUAUUUGGAUGGAUUCUAGCACAACAAAACAAUGUAAGGAAUUAGAAGAAGCCGUUGGUGGACCAGAGGAAUUAGCCAAAAUCACAGGCUCAAGAGCUUACGAAAGAUUUACUGGUUCGCAAAUAGCUAAAAUUUUCCAAACCAGACCUGAUGCAUAUAAAAAUACUGAGCGUGUCUCCCUUGUAAGUAGUUUCGUGACCAGCCUUUUCUUAGGACAAAUAGCACCAAUAGAUAUUUCAGACGGAUCAGGAAUGAAUCUCAUGGACAUCAGAACCAAAACUUGGCACCAACCUCUUUUAGACGCGUGUGCACCCGGAUUGAAAGAGAAGUUAGGAGAACCAGUACCAUCCUAUACAGAUAUUGGACCUAUUUCUAAUUACUUUGCAGAAAGAUAUCAUUUUUUGCCCAAAUGUAGGGUCAUAGCAGGCACUGGAGAUAACCCAGCAUCAUUAGUGGGUAUGCGAUUAUCAGAUGGAUGGAUAGCUGUGAGUUUAGGCACCAGCGAUACAGCUUUCUUAUGGCUAGCGGAACCAAAAUUAGUGCUUGAUGGUCAUGUGCUUUGCAAUCCUAUAGAUAAAGAUGCCUACAUGGCGUUGCUAUGUUUCAAAAAUGGCUCUCUUACAAGGGAGAGAAUAAGAAACACGUGUACAGAAGGAAAUUGGGAUAUUUUUAACCAAUUGUUGGAAAGUACACCAAGAGGAAACUUUGGCAAUAUGGGUUUAUACUAUGACGUACAAGAAAUCUUACCAUUUCUCAAAGGAGACUUUAGAUACAAUAAAACUCAAAAAGUGAAUAAGUUUUCUAGUUUGGAAGUUGAAGUGAGGGCUUGUGUGGAGGGACAGUUUAUAGCCAAACGGGCAUAUGCUGAAGAUUUUGGUUUGAAAGUUGGCAAAGGCACAAAAAUCCUCGCAACUGGUGGAGCUUCCCAAAACAAGGCAAUUUUACAAGUUUUGGCCGACGUUUUAAAUUCCCCUGUAUACGUUCAGGAAGCAGCUAACUCAGCUAUGUUAGGCGCAGCUUAUCAAGCUAAGCACGGGUUGCUGCCAGAAGUCAGCUAUAGCGAAAUUAUUUCAGUUUUGCCGGAACCCCAAAAAGUGUGCGAUCCCUAUUCUGAUGCCGAAGAAAUUUACGCUCCCAUGACUGAAAGAUAUCGACAAAUUAUCAAGGAACUUUUGGCAGAGCAAAAUUGCAAAGGGAAACCUUAACAUUUUUUGAUUGGAAUUUGAAUAUUUUAUGCAGAACAUACCAAACAAUCCAAAGACAUUAGGCCUGUUCUAUUUACAAAGUCAGUUGAAACAAGGUAAAGGUAAAUUACAACUGGUGACUGAAUUUUUUUAUAAGAAAUGAACUGCCACUAGUCAGCCACCAGUUGCAAAUUACCUUUACCUUGUUUUAACUGACUUUGUAAAUACUAUACUUGAGACUAUACCUAAUUGUUGAAUUUUGUUUGUUUUAUAUAUAGGUACAAAAGGCAACUUCUUGUUACUAAUUUUAUUUAUUCAUGUACCUACUUACCUAUCUUCGUUAUAUUUUCCUGUUGUUUCUAUAUUUACCACGAACUUGACUGAUAUGAAACUCGUUAUAAACCAUUCCAAUAAUAUUUUGUUGAUUUUCAGAUAUUUUAUUUUAUUUAUGUAUCUGUGCCUUUGUGAUCAAAUAAAGUAAACUUUUAAAUUUAA